UACACUGAGUGAGAGUGAGAGAGACAGACACAGUGUCGGCCUCUCCCUAAAACCCUCAUCACUCUCUCUCUCUCUCUCUCUCUUCUGUCUCCUUUCAUCUUCUUCUUCUUCUCCAAAAUCCAAAACACCCAUUUCUCUUUUUUGCUUUAACAAUUCAAAACGCUGCGUUCUAAUGCUUCAAACCCUGAGUUGCUUUUGCAGUACGUAACAUUUCUGGAAACUGAGUGGAGCCUUUAAGAAGAGCUGGAUUAAUAUUAGCUAAAAGACACCGAGAUGGCGCAUGCGCAGGCUGGUCGCAUGCAGGUUGCGUGCAUCAGUGUACGUGGAGAAAAAAAACCUCAACUUUCAUCAAGCAUAGUUGAGGAAGUAGAUUCAAAGGAUGAUGUUAAAGCAGUUAUUAAAGCUGAACCUCUGGUGAUUCCAGAAAUUCGGAAGAGAAAGCGAUUGGGCCGUAGUCAACUUAUAGAGAUGAAAGCAGCGUUACGUGUGGAGGAAAGCCAAGGCAGUAGUAUUCAAAGUAACCAUAAUCUAAGGAAGAUCAACCGUGUAGAAAGAUGGUCUGCUGAGAGGUACAAACUGGCAGAGAAAUAUAUGUUUGAGGUCUUGAAGGCUGAAGGAGCAACCUUUAGGAACCCAAUUUCCCGUCCAGCUCUGAGAACUGCCGCUCGUAAAUGCGUUGGUGACACAGGACUGCUAGACCACUUACUGAAGCACAUUGACGGUAAAGUGUCACCAGAUGGGACUGAGCGGUUCCGGCGGUGCUUCAGCCCUAAUGGAAUAAUGGAGUAUUGGCUAGAGAGUGCUGAACUGGUUAAUAUUCGGCGGGAAGCUGGGUGGCAGGAUCCUUACUGGGUUCCACCAGAUAUGAGGGCAGGUAAUGGCCCUUCCCAAGACACUGUUUCUGCUGGGGAACUGAUGCUGCUUAAAACAGAAAUGGUCAAACUGAGAAGAGAUAUGCAGGAGCUGGUAUCCAAGAAUCAAGAGCAAGAUCACGCGGAGCUGAUGCACAAGGAUCUGUUGAAAUAUAAAGCUACUGUUGAUGAACGCCUGAAGGAGAUUACAAAGUCUUUGGUGGGAAUGAAGGGGAUGCAUGAGGAAUUGAUAGCAUGGAAAGCUCAAGUUGAGCAGCAGCUGAUGGAAAUUAAAAAUUCUUUGAGCAGUGCACAGGCAUCAAAGCAAGACACUACCUUCAGUCCUCCUAAUUCUGAAAGAUGGGAAGAUUGGCUUGAGGGCAGUAACUUAGAUAAUAUCCAGGGGAAUGAACUUGUACCUUUUUAUGAGAGCACAGAUCUGUUUAAUGAUAAGCAGUUGCAAAUUCCCUACUCAGCCAUACCACCUCAGAUGAUGCCUGGUAAUAGCUCAUCUGAGGACCCUGUCUGUGCUGGAGAUUUAGAGCCAGUUAAGGAAGAAAUGGCCAAAAUGAAAAGAGAUGUGUCAGAGCUGGUGACCAAGAAGCAAGAGGAAGAUCAUGCUAAUGUGACCCCAGAUUCUUCUGCUACUGCCAAUUCAAAGUCGGACAUUGAUAACUCAUUACUUCCAUUUCAGGAAAUGAUUAUGGAGCUAUUUAAGUGGAAGGAUAAGAUGGAGCAGCAGCUGGAGCAGAUUUCAAAUUCUGUGAGUUGUAUGCAGGCAUCAAAUCAAAUAGAUUUUCUCCUGCCCUUCAGCUGUUAAGAGAUGGAAAUCAUAGCAUAGGAUGUCAGUGUUUAGCUCCGUGUCCUGGAGAAGCAUAGAUACCUUUUAAACUAGUAGGAUUUAGGUCUUGUACAGAAAUUACAAGUCAAAUGCGUGACCCCCCCCAAAUUUCAACCUUUAAACCAGUAGGUUCCAUAUCUAACCUGCAAGAUCAGUCAACCUAAUUUAAUGAGCGACUUUGUCAACAACCGUGACUUAAUUAUGUGGUGUAAAUUGUUGAUAUUUUGCCUUUUAACAGAGAUAGGCAUAGGAAGCAGUUGGUUCCAUUGUUGGAUGGUUUAGACCUUUUAUAGGAAUCUGCUUUUUCUACUGGGAUCAAUGACCUGUUGGCCUUGCUUAUUUAUUAUGUUCUUCGUUGAUGUGAUGAUAUAUAAAUAUAUUUAUUUGCAACAGUA